AUGUCCAGAGCUUUGGAUAGCAGCGUAAAGGAAGCCUUGAAGCAUGCUGAUCAUGGUAAGGUCUUUCGUGAUAUUGUCUCUGCUGUGAAUCAGCGCUUUGACAGCUUUCUUGAGUUUGAGGUGCUGGGUUUGAGCCAUCCAUUGGAGCCCGGCAUCUCAUAUCUGCAAGACGAAAAUGCAAUCGCCAUUCCGAAGUUAUGCCUCGUGCAGGCAUUUCUCAUGGCUCGGGAAACACUGAAUGGAGGCAUCGGGAUCGUCAAGUCAGAGAAUUUCCAGACAAUACGGGACUGUACGGCGGUGACACUGCUUCUGGACCCCGAACAUCUCACUGCAGCCAACCUCAGGAAGAAGGUGCUCGAGAAUGAGAUCAACACCAAUACGGAAGAGAUUCAAAGUUUACUAAAUGCUGAGAAGUACUUCGUUGACAGUCUUCUUACGAGCCGCCUACAUAGACACACCAAGUCUCCAACCCUCUGGAACCAUCGACGAUGGGUCAUCGACCAGGCCAACAGGAGAGGCCUCCUCGGGGAUAUUGAGCAGGACCUCAAGGAUGUCGUGUUUGUAUCAGGUGUUAGACAUCCACGAAAUUAUUACGCAUGGUGUCAUGCCCGGCUUUUGGUUGAUAUCGGAACUCCUGAUAGAGAGCUACUCUCCAGGCUGGUGACAGCAGCCGAGUCAUGGUGUUUCAGCCACCACGAUGACAUCUCCGGUUGGGCAUUUCUGCAUUUCCUACUGGCAAAAUGCCCAGAGCUCGCUCCGACGGCAGUGGACAAGGCCCUGAAGUUGACGCAGUCAUUCCAAUGGAGGAAUGAAUCCGUAUGGUGCUUCCUCCGCGGUGUAGCUACACUGGGACGAGCAGACAUCACCCAGCAAGUGGUCUCACACGCAGCCAUCGGACUUAAGGCAAGCCAACGAGAUGGUGAUGAGGGGAAGAGUUUGGAACAAGCUUUGUGGUGGCUAGAGACAUAUGGAGCGAACGAAUGA